AACUUGAGCGAGCCUUCUGGAUACGUCAUCGCUCCGCGCCGCGGUGAGGACUUUCCAGGCCCGGGUCAGGGCAAUGGAGGCAGCCGCUGCUCCGGCUGUGAGGGGGCUGCGCGCGGGCUGCCAGCGUCUCUGCUACGGGGCAGGUUCUGAAAGAAAAUGGAGUUUGCAGUCAAAACAGACUUCUUUCAGAUUUUAUAGUACUGGAAUGACGUUGGACAACAUCAACAAGCCAGCCAUAGAUCGCAUAAUCAGGGUGGAUCAUGCAGGGGAAUAUGGGGCAAAUCGUAUUUAUGCUGGGCAAAUGGCUGUGCUAGGUAGAACUACAGUAGGACCAGUCAUUCAGCAAAUGUGGGAUCAAGAAAAGGACCAUCUGAAAAAGUUUAAUGAGUUAAUUGUCACAUUUAGAGUUCGACCUACUAUUUUAUUGCCUUUUUGGAAUGUUGCAGGGUUUGCUUUAGGUGCUGGAACUGCUUUACUUGGAAAAGAGGGUGCAAUGGCUUGCACUGUGGCAGUGGAAGACAGCAUAUCAGAGCAUUAUAACAACCAGAUCAGAACACUAAUGGAGGAGGAUCCGGAAAAAUACAAAGAAUUAUUGCAGAUAAUAAAGAAGUUCCGGGAUGAUGAGCUGGAGCACCACGAUGUAGGGCUUGACCACGGUGCAGAAUUGGGUGAAGAGCUUAAUAAAAUUCAAGACAGGGAUCUCCAAAGACAUCAACAGCACUUGGAGCCAUACCCAGCACAAGGGCUCAGUGGCAUCCCACGCUGUGCAGGUGAGUGCCUGCAGCAAGCUCACAGGAGUUAUUGCAGCACUUGGGCCAAAGUUAGCUCCAAUACGCACAGAACUGGGCUGAUUUGAUCAAUAGAAAUUUGAAUGUGUACCUUUCCCCUUCCUCAACGCCUGGUUGCAAGGGGGGCUGUUGUUGACAGGGGGACCUGUUUGUCAGUGGACCUAGGCAGGCCCUCUCUCCUUCUCCAUUUACUGCUGGGUUUGGGAGCAGGUAAAUCUUUAGCCUCGGGGGGCCACUUGCUGCUGUCUGCUUCUCCUUGGCUGACAAGGACAAGGCUGUUUCCCAGGAUGAAAGCAAAUAAGUCAGGUCACGCCUCUCUUUAAAAGCCUCCCCAAGCCGACUGAAUGUCAUUCCCCCACAGACAGCAGGCUCCUCACAAUAUCCCCGUGCCCAGUGGAGUCUGUGACUAUGCCAGAAAAGCGGAAAACAUAGGCAGCCAUGUAAUCCCCAGCACUGCUGGGAUGGAGCAAGAAGUCUCCACCACAGCUGCAGAGCUUGUGAAGCUCAUGGAAGCUUCAUAGGCCAGCUGCCAUGGUGCCCCAGGGGAGGGCCUUCGCUUUUCAGUCUGUUUCUUUUGUUGACUGGGAGCUUUCGGGUUAUCUGGAGUGGCAGCGUUUAGACUUGCCUUUCAUCCCAAAUUUAGUGAGCCAAAUGCAUGUGUGACAUUACUGACAUAACCUGUGACUGUAUAGAUCAUUGUUGCAACCACUGUUAUAUAUUUGCGGCAAAUAUUGUACAAAGGUUGUCGUGUAAGGUGUCUAUGGAAAGGUUAUGCUUUGCUGAUUAUGAUUAUGCUCUCUGUAUGGGUCUGUCAUUUCUAUAGUUGACGUUAUGAAUAUUGGCUAUGUACUUGUAUAUCAAUGUGUUUUGAGUCUAAGUAGCCUCAGUGAAGCAUUUGGUCAGCUUCUUGAGAAGGGACUAUUCUCAGUAAGUGCCCAGUCAAGAAACACUUAACUGACAAUGGACUUUGGGAGACGCCAAUCCACAUCUGAGCUUUCCUGGGAAUGUUCAAACUAACAUGUAAACAAUGGCGUCGGCCUGCAAACUGUGUCAUGCAUGGAUAUGUGACUCCAGCCUUCAUCUUGCUACUGUGAUUUUCCACAGUAAGAACAAAAGGUGUCCUUCCAUGGGCAAGAGGCUAACAGGCUGCUGCAUCUCCUCCAUCUUGUCUUCAAUCCUGUUUCUUGCCUCUGGAGGAAUUUGGCUACAAACUGAAGCUCUGAACAAAGGACUGAAUGACCCAUCCCAGCUGUGGAUGUACUCCAGAGACUUGAUUUGAACCUGCAGUUUAUUCCAACACUGCUACAAGCCUGAACCAAGAACUUUGCCAUUACUGUAUGUAAUUGAUUCCAUUUAACCAACUCUAGCUCUCAUCUAUAUCUUUUUCCUUUUAUGAAUAAACCUUUAGAUUUUAGAUGCUAAA